AUGGACACAUCCAGACACCGUCGGGAUGAACAUCGGAGCUACAGAUCUCGAUCGCCUUCUCGACCACACUCACACGCGAUGUCGACGUCACACUCCCCACGUUCCCAGCAUUCUCGACGCCGUGAUCACUAUCGUCAUACAAGCGAUGAGAGAGAUGUACGGUCCCAUUCUGCAGAAAGAAGGAAAAGGGCGCAUAGCAGGCGAGAACAUGAAAGACGGGCAGUGGCGGCGCCAGCCACACUCCCGUUUGAUGCCAGGCCGCUUUCCAAACACGAUCUGCAAGUGCUUGAGCCCAUGUUCGCGCUGUAUUUAGAUAUACAGAAGAAUAUCGACAUAGCGGACCUGGAUGAACGGGAAGUAAAAGGCAGGUGGAAGAGCUUUGUGGGAAAAUGGAACCGUGGAGAACUCGCGGAGGGCUGGUACGACCCGAGCACUUUCCAAAAGGCACAGCAAGACAGCGCGGCCGGAAAUUACUGGCAUGGCUCUACGCAUGGACUCCGGGCUUCCCCGGAAUACGGAGAACAGAACAAAAGAAGUGUUGGGAAGGAGACAAGCGAACCCCCGCGCGAACGCUCAACAAGUACUGCUGUGUCUCUAGACCAAAGAACCAAAGACCCAAAAGAAGACGAAGAUGAAGACGAAGACGACGAUGAGGAAGAGGAGUCAUACGGCCCGAAGCUCCCCACGCCUGACCCCUCACUUGCCAUAGUCCGUCCAAGCUCCAGUAGUCACAGAGCAGAUGAAAAAUCCGGCCCGACAAUCCCAACCCUCCAAGAUCUACAACUUCAACGAGAAUCCCAAAAACAAUCCCAAACAACCGCCUUCAUCACGCAGCGCAAGGAAACCUCCCUCGCGCGCGCCGCCCACAAGGCCCAAAUACGCGCUGCAGAGGAAGAAAUCGCUCCGCGCGCCGAACCCGGCACUCGCGAACGGCGCUUGGAGAAGAGGCGCGAAGCCGCCGCUGCCAACCGUGCUUUUGCAGAGUCGAAGGCGGGCGGCGACGACGAUGGUAUAGUAAAUGAUGACGAGCUGAUGGGUGGCGGUGGCGGUGGAGAUGACCUUGCAUCGCUGAAGAAGCAGAGGGAGAAGGAGAUGCGAAAGAAGAAUGAGAGGGAGAUUCGGCGGGAGGAAAUGUUGAGGGCGCGGGCAGCGGAAAGGGAGGAAAGAUUGAAGGCGUACCGGAAGAGGGAGGAAGAAACAAUGAGUGUGCUAAGGGAGUUGGCGAAGCAAAGAUUUGGCAGCUGA